UCUCUCUCCGCAAUUUCGUGUGCUCUCUCCUAUUACUUCUCCACCGUUACCAGCUUUCCGGGGGAAUCCCUUAGAAAUCAAAAUCAUGCAGUCAUACUCUAUGAAUUCUUCCGUAUCUUAUGGACCUUACAUUGUCAACAAACCUUAUACUGAAUCCUCAUUAUUUCCCAAGAAGAAUCCAUUUCUCUGUAACUUUGUUCCACCCAACAAACUUGCGUUGAAGAAGCAGAAGCCACUUAUCGUCAAAUCUUCUAUCAAGGAUCUAGCCAAAACAUCUGCUGUAUUGACUAAUCAGAUAUUUGAGUCCCUUGCAUCUUUUGAUACAUGGGUUGUUCGAUCUUUAUCGAACUUGAUUGCUUUUAAACCUAAAGCCAAUCGACUCUCUAGUGGAUUCUUCGAAGAGGGAGAUUUAAUACAGGUGAACCACGAUGGGAACUAUAUUGUUGGACUAGUGCAGCACAUUGGGUUUUGGGAGACCACACUCAUAGGUCCUAGAGGAUUAAUCAUUCUCCAAAACUUUAAAAUUGAUAAGUACUCGAUUGAAACUAAAACUGAAACGGUGGGUAAUGAGAAGCUGUUUGGAUUUAACACCCUUCUUAAUUGUAAGACUGGUAAACCUUAUAAGUUCAUGAAGGAGAUAAUCUGUGUACUGGAGAAGAAUGAGAUUGUUAAAGACAAUGGCGAACACAAUGUGGUUGUCAACCUGCCUAAUAACAAGAUCGAAGUAGUAUGCUAUGUGAACAGUUCUAAGCUGCAAAUUCCUCAGUUUAAAAGUUACCUUGAAAUCAGUGAACAAGUCUUUGCCGAUAUUUAUAACAAUAUCUACAAAAAUAAGGCUGUUGUUGAUUAUCUUAAGUAUUUGGUUAAAUCCUUGGUUGUUCACUAGACAUUGAUUCUUCUUAUUUCAACUUAAUUUCAUUUAUAAAUUCUUUUUUUACCUUUUAUUUCAUUUAGAAGGAAUAUAAGAGCAUCAUCGUGUGUAUAUAUAUACUCUUAUCUUUAUAUAGUGUACUGAUCGAUGACUAGUAAAGUUCUU